CUCAAAAUUCAAAAUUGUGAAGUGAGAGUGAGUUUUAGAGAGAGAGAGAGAGAGAGAGAGAGAGAGAAGAAAGAUAUUUAUUACUAGUAUUUUCCAUUAUCAUCUUCAUCAAGCUAGGGCUUUUGCUCUCGAGUGAAUUUCCGAUUUUGCCCCUACUCGACCUUCAUACUUAAACCCGAAUUGAAAGAGCUAGGCGGUGAAGCGCUUUCGUUUCGUUUGGGUUCAAAUUCGAAUAGCUGCUGGAUAAUACUAGCAGUUGCUCUCAGGAGAAAAUGAGAAGAAAAAAAAACUGAAUAGUUUAUCUGGGGUUUGACUGAACAAAUCCCAUUUUAUUGUGCAAGCCAAAAUUUGACUGGAUGAGGUUAGUUUGGAUGCCAUGGACCAAGGAUUGGGUGACGAAGUGACUCCUUUAGGUGCGGAAGAGGGUGUUCGCUUCCAACGCAAGGAGAGCGAGUAUUCUCUGAAACCUGAAAGCUGUGACAUGUUGGGACCCCGGGAAAUGUUUAUACCUGUAGAGGGUGACUAUUCCCAGGACCCAGCUGAGGAAUUUGCAGCUCAAGAGGGUAAGAUUCUAUAUAGGAGCAUGGACAAUGUGAAUGGAUCUGAACAACCCCAUGCUAGUUCUGGUGUUUUGGAUGAUGCCGGUGUCAUGGUUGAAGAGUUGAGAGUGACCAAUUACAAUGGCUCGAACUUAGCUAUUGUUGGUACAUCAAACUAUCGAGAAAGAAUGCAGGGUAAGCAGAGCCAAUGGCAGCAUCUUUAUAAGCUUGCGGGUGGAUUGGGAAGUGGGAGUUCAUGUGGUGACACUAUGUACAGGGAUAAUAGUCAGACACUGUCGAGUUUCUGGGAGGAUAUGGAUUGCACGCCACUCGCAGAGUUAUCUGCUCAAAAACCUUGUGCUGAUGAUCAUAAUGAUAUGAUGGAGCAGUUGAAAAGUGCUGAAAAAAAAGGGGCUUCAGGGAUUAAUCAUGGGGGCAUUCGGACAAAGAUUUUAUCUAAAUCAGGGUUCUCUGAGUUUUUUGUUAAACAGACGUUGAAGGGUAAAGGGAUCAUAUGUAAAGGACCACCUCGUGAUGGCUUUCCUGCUGAGUCCAAAGACCAGAAUAAUUUGAAGGUUGCCAGUAGUACUGUGGCGGCUUCUGAUAUAUCACCAUCUCUGGCUCCCAAAACUGUGAUGCCUUCUACUGAUGUUAUUGCUGCAUUGCCUUCUCCUGAUGGUAUUUCUGGGCCCCGAACUGGUGGUUCUGAUCAUGGCGGAGUUAGUUUGAGACAAUGGCUGAAAGUUGGGCAUCAAAAAGCAAGUAAAUUUGAGCGUUUGUAUAUAUUUAGACAGAUUGUGAAUGUGGUCGAUUAUUAUCACUCUCAAGGAACUGCCUUGAAGGACUUACGGCCCUCUUGUUUUAGGUUAUUGCCAUCAAAUAAGGUUAAGUUUGUUGGUUCACCUGUCCGUAGAGAAAUGUUAGAGAGUGCUAUGGAUCAAAAUACUCUUCAGUCAGAUAGUUUCCUUGUAAGAAAAAGGCCUAUGAAGCAGAUAAUGCUCCCGCCUGCUGCUUUAUAUGCAAAGAAACUAAAGUUCAGCGAGAAUAAAAACUUUAUUGGGCAGUGGCAUCAAUACCCUUCAAUACCUGGCUACAAAUGUGAAACUGCAUAUGAUAGCAAUGCCAAUAUUACUUGUCCUCGGGAUUCUUGUACUGAAUAUAAUGAAGAUAACCUAACUACACAAUGUGAAACUCAGAGCAAGUCUAGCAGUAGCAGCCCUUUUACAUCUAGUAUAGCUCAGCAGCAGUUGGCUUCUCUUGGUGACCAGUUGGAAGAGAAAUGGUAUACAAGUCCGGAGGAGCCCAGUGAGGGAGGCUGCACAAUCUCUUCAAAUAUCUACUGUCUGGGUGUUGUUCUUUUUGAGUUACUUGGUCGUUUUGACUCAGAAAAAACGCAUGCUGCAGCCAUGUCAGAUCUGUGUUAUAGAAUUCUUCCGCCAGAGUUUUUAUCAGAAAAUACCAAGGAAGCUGGAUUCUGUCUUUGGCUACUUCAUCCUAAACCUUCUUCCCGCCCAACAACCAGGGAAAUUCUACAAUCUGAAAUGACUAAUGGAGCAAAGGAGGUUUCUGCAGAAGAAUUAUCAUCAUCCAUGGAUCAAGAUGAUGCUGAAUCGGAUUUACUAUUGCAUUUCCUGGCUUUGUUGGACGAGCACAAGCAGAAGGAUGCUUCCAAGUUAGUAAAAGAAAUUAGGUGCUUAGAAAAAGAUAUCGAAGAGGUUGAGAGGAGGCACAAUAUAAAAAACCCAUUGUCUCAUGUGUGCUUGCACAAUGACUCCCUCAGUAGAAAGGAGAAUAAGUUCCUUCACAAAGAACCAUCAAGUUUGGAGGUGCUUUCUCAAUCAUCCCCUGUAUCCAAUACAAAUGACUUGGGGUUGAUGAGGAAUAUCAGUCAUCUUGAAAGUGUUUAUUUCUCCAUGAGAUCCAAAGUUCAGCUCUCUGAAAGUGAUGCCACAGCACGUGCAGAUAAGGAUUUGUUGAGAAAGCGUGAGAACUGGUAUUUGGCCCAAAAGGAUGAAGAAAAACAGAUUUCUAUUGAUCCCUUAGGAGACUUCUUUGAUGGUUUGUGCAAAUAUGCUCGUUAUAGUAAGUUUGAAGUGCGUGGGAUACUAAGAAACGGGGAUUUCAAUAGUUCUGCAAAUGUAAUUUGCUCUCUCAGUUUUGACCGGGAUGAAGACUACUUUGCUGCUGCUGGAGUGUCCAAGAAAAUAAAGAUAUUUGAAUUUAAUGCACUCUUUAAUGAGUCUGUCGAUAUUCAUUAUCCAGUAAUUGAGAUAUCAAAUAAAUCAAGGCUCAGUUGCGUUUGCUGGAACAACUAUAUCAGGAACUAUCUGGCUUCAACUGAUUAUGAUGGUGUAGUGAAGUUAUGGGAUGCAAGUACUGGUCAAAUGUUUUCUCAAUUCACGGAGCAUUCAAAGAGGGCUUGGUCUGUUGACUUUUCUCAAGCAUGUCCAACAAAGUUGGCUAGUGGAAGUGAUGAUUACUCGGUGAAACUGUGGAGCAUUACUGAGAGAAACUGCUUAGAUACGAUCAGGACCAUUGCAAAUGUCUGCUGUGUUCAGUUUUCUCCUCAUUCCUCACAUUUGCUGGCCUUUGGGUGUUCUGAUUAUAGAACUUAUUGCUAUGAUCUUCGGAAUACUAGAACCCCCUGGUGUGUAUUGGCUGGCCAUGACAAAGCUGUUAGCUAUGCGAAAUUCUUGGACUCUGAAACACUUGUUUCUGCAUCCACCGACAAUACAUUAAAGCUUUGGGAUCUCAAAAAAAGCAGUCCUAGUGGCCUGUCCACUCAUGCUUGCAACAUCUUAACCCUUAGUGGGCAUACUAACGAGAAGAAUUUUGUGGGUUUAUCUACUGCUAAUGGUUACAUAGCAUGUGGUUCAGAAACAAAUGAGGUUUAUGCUUAUCAUAGAUCUCUAUAUAUGCCUAUUACUUCCCAUAAGUUUGGCUCCAUUGAUCCUAUCUCUGGGAAAGAGACUGAUGAUGAUAACGGGCAGUUUGUUUCAAGUGUUUGCUGGAGAGGGAAAUCAGACAUGGUGGUUGCUGCCAGUUCAAGUGGGUGUAUAAAAGUGUUGCAGUUGGUUUGAGGAAAAUUGAACUGUUUGAGACCAAGGAUUUGUAGUCUUCUAUGGCUUUUUUGCGGCUCAUGUGACCCCAAGGUUUUCUGGGGGAUUGUUCAUAGCAGAAACCAUAAUUUUGCACAGACAAAUACUGAGAAUCCGAAGAAUUCUUCAGCUCAAGUUGAUCAUGUGACGGGCAUAACUGGUUGAAAAUACUGGUUGUGCAACAUUUCAGCCCUAAAACAUCUUUGAAGAGAAGCCAGUCAGAUUGUGACAACUGAUUCCAGGUCUCCAAAGUGGAAGAUUGAGAUGCAAGAAUGAUAAAUUAAAACGCUUAAAACCAACUAUCAUUUCGCCAUUGAUAGAAGAGGCCUGAGCUACUGCUUUAAGAUUUAAAAUGAUUGAUUGAGAUAGACAUGAAUUCCGAACUAGUGGAUUCAAGAUAAAAAGUAGGAUUUUGGGAACAGCUGUGUCAGUUGAAACAAAUAUAUCUAUUUUUGCACUUGCUCCUCAGAACAAUGCAGAUUUGUUUUGCAGUCCUGAACUCCUUGUAUAAGUUUUCGGUGAAGGACUAGCCUUUGUUAACUGACUAGUUUGUUCAAAGACAGCGCAGAAGCAUUGUUCAUACUGACAAGAAAUUCGUUAUUGAGUUGUAAUUAAGAAAUUAUUGUCCAAAGUAGGAAUCUGCUAUUGUAUAUUUUCUAAAAUUUGAUGUAUAUGGUUAUUUUUUUAUAAAAGAUCUGACAAGAUAUCCUGUCUCAUGAGUUUUUCUUUUUUCCCAA